CAACGAAACCAUACUGAUCCGUCGAUCGAGUUGACGACGAUUCAUCACAAGCAGAGAGAGAAGAGAGUCGCGCGCGGCGGUUGCCACCAUACCAGAGCAGCGCGUUAGUUUCCCGGGCUUUUCUCCCCUUCACCCACCCCCUGAGACCCGGCCGGCCGCGCGCGGGGUCGACGAUCCUAUUCUUGGGCAACCCGGCGAUCGGCCGAACAAAACCCGCGCGCCCCACCGACGCCCCGGGUUUCCCUCCCAGGCUAUGGCCGCGGCCGCGACGACGUCCACCACACCCACCGCCACCGCCACCACCUGCUGCGCCUCCUCCUCCACGUCGUCGUCCUCCUCCUCCACCACCACCAGCCCCGGCCCGCACCGCCGGCGCCUCGUCGACCUCGAGCGAGCCGACGACUCCUCCUUCUGCUCCUGCUGCGGCGCCGACGCCUGCGACGACGCCGAGGGCCCUGCGCACGCCCCCUUGCUCACGCCCUGCGGCGCCGCCGGCAAGUCGUCGCCGCUGCUGGCGCGGAGGAAGCGCGCGGCCGGAGCGGGAGCGCACGCGUGGUGGAUGAGGGCCGUCGUGCUCUGCCUGCUCGGCCUCGUCGCGGUCGUCGGCUUCCUCGGCUCCUCCUCCCACGGCGGCCGACGGGGCGGCACCGACGGCGCCGGGUCCGGCGAGAAGCUCGUGCAGAAGGUGGAGGUGGCCGCCGACGCCGACGUCAUGGGGUGGACGGAGGAGAACCUCACGGCUCUCACCCGCCGCCCGCCAGACCCUCCGGUACCAGAGAUAUGGAUGAAACCAGACAGUGGGGGAUACAGCCAGUGCAUUGAACGCCCAAAGAACCAGCGCAGGACUAACGAUGCAACUGUUGGCUAUCUCAUUGUUGAUGCAAACGGUGGGCUCAACCAGAUGCGAAUGGGGAUAAGUGAUAUGGUUGCAGUGGCAAAGAUCAUGAACGCUACAUUAGUACUCCCCACUCUGGAUCAUCAGUCAUUCUGGACUGAUCCAAGUGACUUCAAAGAUAUAUUCGACGUCGAUCACUUCAAGGAGACAUUAAAGGAGGACAUCGUAGUUGUAGAUUCCCUACCACCAGCUUAUAGGAAGGUGAAGCCCUACGUGAGAGCACCGACCUCCUGGUCCAGGGCGUCCUUUUACAGAGAUUUCUCCAAGAUACUUAAGAAGUUCAAAGUAGUGAGGUUUACCCAUACGGAUUCACGGAUUGUCAACAACGGCCUUGCUCCUUCUCUCCAACGGCUUCGCUGCCGUGCAAACUACGAAGCGCUUCAGUACAGGAAAGAGAUACAGGAGCUCGGCACUACCCUAGUUGAGAGACUGAAAAAAGACUCGGAUCAUUACAUAGCACUCCACUUAAGAUACGAGAAGGACAUGCUGUCUUUCACCGGCUGCAACCACAACCUGACGGCUCACGAGGCAGAUGAGCUGACUGAUAUGCGCCUCAAGGUGAGGCACUGGAAGGAGAAGGAGAUCAACAGCGAGGAGAAGCGGCUCCAGGGCGGGUGUCCCAUGACGCCUCGUGAAGCUGCUGUGUUCCUCAAAGCCAUGGGAUACCCUUCCAGUACAAAGAUUUACAUCGUGGCAGGUGAAAUAUACGGAGCGCACAGCAUGGAUGCACUGAAAGCUGAAUACCCAAACAUUUACACACACUACAGUCUAGCUACGGUAGAUGAACUAGAGCCAUUCGAGUUGUACCAGAACAGGCUAGCUGCUGUGGAUUAUAUCGUGGCCCAGCAGAGUGAUGUCUUUGUGUAUACGUAUGACGGAAAUAUGGCCAGAGCAGUGCAGGGUCACCGAAGAUUCGAAGGUUUCAGGAAAACUAUAAAUCCCGACAGGCUAAAGUUUGUAGAGCUCAUUGAUAAGCUAGACGAGGGUGCUGUAGACUGGGAUGAAUUCCAGAGUGAAGUGAGGAAGAAUCACGAGAAUAGACUUGGAGGUCCAUAUGACAGAUUACCUGGUGAGAGUCCAAGGCAGGAGGAGUACUUUUACUCAAAUCCUAUCCCUGGAUGCCUGUGCAAAAAGGUGCAGACUGUAAAGUGAAACAGAUUUUUAUUACAAAAGGAAAAUGGUUCAGCCUUCACACACACUGCUGCCAGCUUGGCAGCAGGUGUAACGUGGACGGAGAUGACACUGCCUCCACACGACAGGGGUGGCCAAAUAGACAGGAUCCUAGUUAACUGACAGAGACCAGACAUUUUGAUUAUUUCCUAGGCUGACUACACAUGUAGCUGAGGGCAUGAGGCCAAGAAGUGCAUUGUUAAGAGGAAACUUUUUCCAAGGAAAGAUGAUCUGAGCACAAAGAUAUUGAAUUACUUGAAGAUCGACAAUAUACCAUCAAUUAGAGGAACAACCAAAGUGAAAACUCUUCACUGGUGCUGCUUGUAGUUAGGUGAUACACUCUCCUCAUGCAUGCUCGUGAUGUUUCGAAUUCGUUGUAGUAGUGACCUUAAACACAAGAUUGGUUCAUAAGAAUAAUGUAUCAUCCUCUGUUUGCCGGCGGUAACAAGUGUAGGACUGACAGCUAACAAAUACUUGUGUAAUUUAGUUAGUUCAGAGCAAUAAAAUCUUUGAAACAUA